AAAUCAACUCCAUCAACACAUCCACGAAAUUCACCUGAUUCCAAAAGCCCCCCACGAUUAUUCGCCAACUAAUCGAAAGCUACUCUCUCAUUACACAACUCCACAACAUCCUCUUCAGCUUCACCGCCACUCCAAUUAGGGUUCCUCCCAGCACGCAUCCCAAUGAUCCCCUCAACCCCAUCCACCUCCGCGCCUCUACUGGACCCCACCACCCCCGACCCCACCAGCCCAUCAUUGCGCCAGCAGAGUCUGCGUGAGGCCUCCCGGUUUCUCCGCCGGUCAACGGGGCGGCGGAUGUUGACCAACCCAUCUAUGGUUGUGAGAGAGACGGCGGCGGAGGAGCUGGAGGAGAGGCAGUCGGAUUGGGCCUACUCGAGGCCCGUGGUGGUGCUGGAUUUGCUGUGGAACUUUGUGUUUAUUGUGGUGGGGUUUGUGGUGGUGGGGAUUAGUGGGGAGGAGAGGCCGGAGACGCCGUUGAGGGUUUGGGUUCUAGGGUAUGGAGUGCAAUGUGGGGUGCAUAUGGUUUGUGUUUGUUUCGAGUAUAGGAGGAGGGUGAGGAGGAGGGAGGGGGAGGAGGAGGGGGAGGGGUAUGUGACGUUGGCGCGGUUGACAGAACGUGUUCCGAGUUCUGUGGUGAAGAAUUUGGAAUCGGCGAAUACAAUGUUUUCCUUCGUCUGGUGGAUCAUUGGGUUUUAUUGGGUCUCUCCUGACGGGCAAGCAUUAAUCGAGCAAUCUCCUCAGCUAUAUUGGCUUUGUAUAAUAUUUUUGGCUUUUGAUGUAUUCUUUGUUGUGUUUUGCGUGGCACUGGCAUGCAUCAUUGGCAUUGCAGUUUGUUGCUGCCUUCCCUGCAUUAUUGCUGUGUUGUAUGCUGUGGUAGAUCAGGAAGGAGCAACCAAAGAAGACAUUGAACAACUGUCGAAAUAUAAAUUCCGGAGGCUUGCCAACACAGAGAAAUCAAAUGGCGAGAUCCAAGUAUCUUUUGGUGGAGUAAUGAUUGAAUGUGGCACAGACUCGCCGACUGAAAGAAUCCUGGCAGCAGAGGAUGUGGAUUGCUGCAUAUGCCUCGCAACCUAUGACGAUGGAGCGGAGCUCCGAGAACUUCCCUGUGCUCACCAUUUUCACUGUGCCUGCAUUGACAAAUGGCUUCACAUCAACGCCACCUGCCCCCUUUGCAAAUACGAUAUUCUAAAGCAAAGCCAUACCAGCAUCGAAGAGGUCUGAUAAAAGUCCUGUCUUCUCAUAGCUCUCGCCUCUCAGGAGGCCCAUGAUAAUCCUUGUAUUUAUAAAAGUAUAUUCACAAACACAAAAAGUAAAUCAAUUUUCAAUAUCAUCCGUUAAUUCUCUUCUCUGUAAAUGAAUUUUUUUUGUAUGCUGCUUAUCCUGUAUUGUAAAGUUUUGGCUAAAUAUUUUUCCUGUAUUCA